AUGGCGCGGCGGGGGAGCGUGGUGCCCGUGUGCUGCCUGGCCCUCCUGGCGCUGCUGGCACUGCCCGGCCGGGGCUGCGGGCCCGGCCGGGGCCCCGUGGGCCGGCGCCGCUACGUGCGCAAGCAGCUCGUCCCGCUCCUCUAUAAGCAGUUCGUGCCCGGGGUGCCCGAGCGGACCCUGGGGGCCAGCGGCCAGCCCGAGGGCAAGGUGGGCCGCGGCUCCGAGCGCUUCCGGGACCUGGUGCCCAACUACAACCCCGAUAUCAUCUUCAAGGACGAGGAGAAUAGCGGCGCCGACCGCCUCAUGACCGAGCGCUGUAAGGAGCGGGCCAACGCGCUAGCCAUCGCCGUGAUGAACACGUGGCCGGGAGUGCGCCUGCGGGUGACCGAGGGCUGGGACGAGGACGGCCAUCACGCCCAGGACUCGCUGCACUACGAAGGCCGGGCCCUGGACAUCACCACGUCCGAUCGCGACCGCGACAAGUACGGGCUGCUGGCCCGACUGGCCGUGGAGGCCGGCUUCGAUUGGGUGCACUAUGAGUCCCGCAACCACGUGCACGUGUCCGUCAAAGCCGAUAAUUCCCUGGCGGUGCGUGCCGGCGGCUGCUUCCCGGGCAAUGCCACAGUGCAGCUGCGGAGCGGCGAACGCAAAGGGCUGCGGGAGCUACACCAUGGGGACUGGGUGCUGGCGGCCGAUGCGUCCGGUCGGGUAGUGCCCACGCCGGUGCUGCUCUUCCUGGACCGGGACCUGCAGCGCCGUGCCUCGUUCGUGGCCGUGGAGACGGAGCGGCCCCCACGCAAACUGCUGCUCACACCCUGGCACCUGGUCUUUGCCGCACGCGGCCCCGCGCCUGCCCCAGGGGACUUCGAGCCUGUGUUCGCGCGCCGCUUGCGCGCAGGGGACUCUGUGCUCGCGCCCGGAGGGGGUGCGCUGAGGCCGGCCCGCGUGGCCCGCGUGGCACGCGAGGAGGCUGUGGGCGUCUUCGCACCUCUGACAGCGCACGGGACGCUGCUGGUGAACGACGUGCUGGCCUCGUGCUACGCCGUGCUGGAGAGCCACCAGUGGGCCCACCGCGCCUUCGCACCCCUGCGCCUGCUGCACGCCCUGGGCGCCCUGCUCCCCUCCGGAGCCAUACAGCCCACUGGCAUGCACUGGUACUCGCGCCUACUGUACCGCCUGGCAGAGGAGCUGCUGGGCUGAGAGCCCCCCACCCCACCCGCCGGCCCAUCACCUCGGCCCUCCUGGCGCGGGGUGGGGGACGGAAGCACAGCAGGGAGGUGGCGGGGGUGGCACAUGAAGUGUUCCGGAAGGAUGAACACGGAGAGGGGCCUGGGCCGGGGCUGGGUCUGAGCUGGUGGCG